AUAUCUUGCUUCAAAACUUGAUGAAGUUUUAUCCACCUAGCUCAAAAAAAAUAUCCCCUUUCCGCCCCGUCAGACUCACCAGAUUGACAAAAAUUACAUUCUAACAUAAAAAAUUUUAGCAAUAAAACCAAUUAAAAAAUGGCAAUUACUGAUUUAAAAACACCCAAGGGUCUCAAGGAACUUAACACCUAUCUUGCUGAUCGCAGUUAUGUCCAAGGAUAUGUCGCAACACAAGCUGAUGUCGCUGUCUAUGAAGCAGUUGGAAAAGCACCAACAUCUGAAAACCCUCAUGCACUUAGAUGGUACAAUCACAUUAAAUCUCAAGAUAUGAAAAAAUUACCUGGUGAAAAGAAAGCACCAGCAAUUUUCUCAACUGGUUCAGCUGCAUCAGCACCAGCACCAGCAGCAGCUGCUGAUGAUGAUGAUGAUGUUGAUCUAUUUGGUUCUGAUGAUGAAGAAGAUGCUGAAGCAACAAAAAUUAGAGAAGAACGUCUCAAGGCUUAUGCUGAAAAGAAAUCAAAAAAACCAACAAUCAUUGCCAAAUCAUCAAUUGUCAUUGAUGUUAAACCAUGGGGUGAUGAAACUGAUUUAGUAGAAAUGGAAAAAUGUGUUAGAUCCAUUGUUCAAGAUGGUCUCGUUUGGGGAGCAUCAAAAUUGGUACCAGUUGGUUAUGGAAUUAAAAAAUUACAAAUUAUGUGUGUCGUUGAAGAUGACAAAGUGUCAGUUGAUGCUAUUGUUGAACAAAUUCAAGAUUUUGAAGAUCAUGUACAAUCUGUUGAUAUUGCUGCAUUCAACAAAAUUUAAAUGAUUAAUAAUAUUAUUAUUCAUCUUUUAUUUCUCUUUCAAAAUAAUAAUAAAUACAUUUUAAUUGUUUA